GAAAGUGAGACUGUAUUAAAAUUCAAGUAACCUGGCGUCAUAACACAAACAAACGAAAGCCAAGUGGGGCAGGAGAACAGGAAUGUGUCUCCUCACUCCAUCACACUCACCAUCUUUCUUUUUUCACCAAUUGAGGGAACACAUCUGUCUCUCUUGCGCAUGUGUUUUCAAGGAUUUUUUCCUCCGUUCAUCACAGAUUUAUAUCGAAGCAGCUGAGAAAGAACAGACUCCCCACUUUUACACUCUUCUUUCUUCCAGUCUUCAGUCUUGCACAAAAGGAAAAGAUGCCUUAAGGUGAACUAUCUGACCCAUUCAAAAUGACAAUAAAGCAGGAGAGGCAUGAAUGGAACAGAGUGAUGGAAAGAAACGUGUUAGAGUGGGAGGGCAGAGCAGGAAGGGCUGUGGAGGUGAGAAACUUCUCCAUCUGGCAGGUCAAGGUUUUCAGUUUUCACUCACACUCUUUUACCUCACCUUCACCUGCUUCUUAUAAACUCCCCUGACAGGAAACACACUCCAGGACCGUUUUACAACACUACCAGGCAGUUCUGUGGAGUUUAAUGUAUUGUUAAUUUGCCCAUAAAGUUAAGUUUGAUUAGAACAAACUUCCUUAAAAGUAAACAGAGGAUUGAGUUUUUUUCCUAGAAGUGAGUGCCAUACAUCCAACUCUCUCUUGCGCACAGCCAUUAAGAGGCUCAGGAGUACGCUAAACUAAGCUAAAUAAACAAAAUCUAACAUGGUCUAGCCUGUCACAUUUCAAACUUUUUAUUUUAUUGACGGAUAUUAUUUUCAGCAAGAGCGGAAUAUGUUACCUCUGAGGUUUAUGGAGAAAAAUUGCCUAGUGUUGAGUGAAACGGCGCGCGCGGCCAAACUUCCCGAACGCGCAGAGCUCCAGAGAUUUCUGGAGUAAGUCGACAUAAUAAUUACGCACAUAAUUACAAGAGAUUAUUCUCAACGGAAGGAAACACUGCCCUGUCUUAACAGUGUACUUGAACGAAGUGGCCGGUAAGAGAAUAAAGUGGUUAAAUUUAUGGACUACUAAUCUGUGCGUCUGCGCGUACCUGUGCAUGCGCAGUACUUGAUUGAUGUGAGAAAGUGGUAGUAAAUUUUACUUCACUGUUAUUUAUUUUUGCAGGGUGAAGCCCUCAAUUCGCUACAGGGAAUAUAUUUGUGCCUUAAAAGGAGUGGUGACGCGCUGGCCGGUCGUGCAGCGCGCUCAGAUGUGGUCUGUCUGUGCCUUGUAAUGUGUGUGUGACUGUGUAUGUGUGUGUGUGGGUAGGGGGUAAACUUUUGAGCAGAAUGGGCGGGGGCGCGGCUGUGCAGACUUUAAGCUGAGGCUCAAAGCAGACCUGGUGCUUUCAGGGUGUCAGGAGGCAGUUUGGGGAGAGCGCAGUGAUCCAGUGACAGUCAGUCAAGGGACUUAACCCGGGAGAAACCUACCUCACCUGCACGGAGGGAACUCUCUUAGUUUUUCUUCCUCCCUCUCCCCCCUUCUCUCUCUCCUCCUCUCCCUCUCUUUCCCCCCUUUAUGUCCCAGUUCCCUCUCAUUUUUCGAAACUUGUGCGCAGCUGGCUGUUCUUCGGGGAUGGAGCGCGCAUGGGACUGUGUUUCCUCCGCGGGGAUGUUCAUUCUCGGGCUGCUGUCGGUGCUGUGUCCGGCUUUGAAUGGAGUUUGGAGUUUUAACCUGUACGCAGAGCAUCCCACGGUUUAUACGGGACCCCGUGGAAGUUACUUUGGGUAUUCUGUGGACUUCUAUCAAGCAACCAGCGACAGCAACACGUGAGUGGCAACACCAGGACUGAAGUUGUUCCAUCUUGCAGGGCUCUAGAGGAGUUAUGAUCCAAAUUGGAUGCAUGAAAAGAUAUAAUUCAUUUUCACCAGGAUACUUUAAUGGAAAAUAGCAGAAUUUAGAUCAAAUUAUCUGAGGAGAAACAUGACUCUAUCAUAUCUGAGGCUGCAGUUUAAGUGAGAUAUACUUGACAGGAAAGUGAGGUGGAUGGUUAAAUUAAACAGUGCGUAGACUCUCCAGUGUACCUUUUUGCAUGCACCUCUUUCUCUCUCCAUCUCCCUCUCCAGGUUCAGUGUGUUGGUUGGGGCUCCCAAGGCAAACACCUCCCAGCCUGGUGUUGUGGAGGCAGGGUCCGUCUACUACUGCCCUUGGCCGGGUCUCCCUGACAGCUGCAGACAGAUCCCUUUUGACAAUUCCAGUGAGUUACCUGAAAGAUAUAUAUGAACAUUUCUCAUGUAAUUAAUAAAAAUAAAUGUAUGCCAGACCUCCUGGGGGCCCAGCUGGGUGUAAGUGUGUCCAAUAGACUUCUGUUACAGGACUUGGGAAGGGGAAACCUAACUGUUUGAACAGACUGUGAUACAUUUACUCAGAGUGAUCGUUUCAUGAGGAGAUUUUUUGAUAAAGUGAGAUUUAACAAGCGUUUGUUUCACUGAGAUCCAAGUGAAGGUGGCCCCAGAUGUCAGACUGGAGUUUGGUAACCUGUGCAUCUGGAAUGUGUGCACACAUGACUUGGCACAUACUGUUGCAUGAAAAAGAGAUAAGACAUAUGGGUCUCAUCAGCUUCAACUGACUAAAGAAGGAAGCUGGCAAGUUGGAGGGUGCAAGUUUGCUUCAUGUUGAUUAUGGUAUUAAACCGAUUAUCAUCAAGGUUCACAGUCCAAUCAGCCUUUGUUUCUGGGUCUAAUAUCUCUGAUGCUCGCUUUUCCAUCUGAGAAGUGCAUGUUAAGAGGGGAAGUGAGUGUGAGAGAGAGAGAGAGAGAGAGAGUGAAGGGGGGUAAACUGUAUGCACAUGGGAAUUUAGCUCCCCUUCGGAAGAAAGGGGAUUGGGUGAGGUCUGCUUUUUAUUAGAUCUUGAAAUUUAUCCCUGUCUCGUUUCUCCUCCCUUGUCUCUCGUUCUCCCUCUCCAUCAGUCUAUUCAGCCCAUUCGUCUCUCUCCUUUCCUCUUUUUAGUUAGGUCUUCUAUCAUCUUGAGAGGAUGACCUUUCUUUGCAAGAUUUACUUUGUUGGAGGAUGGAGGUGGUUGUGCUCUUUGAGGGCAGUUCUUGCAGAACCACAGCUGCAACAAGUAUCCUGUUGGAUGCUUUCUCUGAAUCGCGCCCGCUAGGAUUAGUUCUUGGUCAUAUGUGAAAUUCAAUUACAGCAGAAUAUCAAAAGCUCAAUUUAAAAAGAAGAGAUGUGCAAAAAGAGAAAUUUAUUUGUGGCUAGAAGAACAUUUGGUGGGUACUGUCAUGUUUCAUACACCACUGUGUCCAGAUGAGUGAUUGGGUGGUGCUAGUCAGCUGCUUAACCAGAAGAGGUUGCGUCUUUGAGCAGGAAAUAUAUUGCAUGAAAGAAACGGAUCAGCUGAUGCUUUUAGAUUAUACAGACUGUAAAAGCUAACAGAGUUAAAUUAUGAUGUCGGCAAAGACAUCAGAGAGAGUUCCUUGAUGAGGAUGCUGAAUUAUUUCCUGUGCUACUGGAAGGUUUCGUGCAACUCUGCAGUCACAUGUGUGUCUGGUCCUUUCAGUGCAGUCCAGGCAGAGUCAGCUGCAGUAAAUAUUUCUGUAGUUAUAAAAGGCUCUCUAUUGUGAGUAUACACAAGACAAAGACACACAUACACACACUAUUUUGCACACUGUUCAAAAUAUCAGCACUUGUGUGUACCAUUAGUGGUUAAUAUCCAUAUGUGAGCUUCACAUGCCCCCAGGUAUCUGCAUGUGGCUGACAUUCUGCAGAUGUGUUGAGUCAUGCCAGAGUAGUGGGGGGGUGCAACAUUGGUUGAUAAGGUGACAGUUUCACAUCAAAGUAAUUGAAUAUUAUAUAAAAUACACGUGUGUAGCAAGUCAGCUGUCUGCUGUGACCUCAGAGAAACUAAUCUGAUGAUCAAGAUGUGAAACAAAAUCCCCCAAGUUCAUUCAUUAUUAUGACUUUUUAUCCUGUAACCAUGAGGGGAAAAAAGUUAUAAGACAAACUAUUGGAUAAAAUGUUGACAUAAUGAGAUAAAACACUCCCAUUACAGAAGAGUAUGAACUUCGCAUUUGAUUGAUUUUGAUUAUUAGAGUUUCUUAAUGUGGGAUUUCAAAUUUUGAUCGCACAAUUUUGUCUUUUUAUCUCAUAGUUUUUACUCCUUUUUCCAUAAUUUCCCAUUUUUACUCUCAUAACAUUUACUUUUUUCUCAUGAUGUUGAAUUUUUAGCUUUUAAUCUCAUCAGUAUGACUCAUUUUCUUAAAAUAAUGACCUAACAUUUCUUUUUCUUCCUGUCAAAGUGGCUAAAUCCUCACUUAUUUGAUUUUAAUACUGGCUUCCACAUGACACUUGUCCCCCUACCUAAGGUUGGAAAAAAAAAACAGCAUGCAAACAUAUUCGUAAGAUGUAAUUAGGAUUUAACAUAUAACAUGUAAAUUGAAUGUUAACAAGAAGUAAGUUUGGAAUUAACUAAAACACUAAUCAUCGUUAUAACAACCCCCCACAGAGAUGAUGAAAACAAUAAAAACUUUAUUAGGCAAAAAAAAAAAACCUAAUGAGUUCCUCAUCUGUCUGUAUGGCAUGUGCAUGUGCUAAAUGAAAGUGUUUAAUGUGAAGGGUCUGCAUCGCUCUGAAAAGACCCAGCUGGUGUUAAAUAAAACUGGGAAAUAUCCACAACAGUGCACACAGGCACACAUGAACACAUGAGACGCUCACACCAGAACUGACACUUUAUUAGAAGAGAGCCGGGAAAUGCUUAUAAUAAGUGUGUUCGUGUAUGUGCGUGUGUCAGUUUGUGUGUGUGUGUGUGUGUGUUUGUGUGUUUGCUGAGGCCCCUUUACUGCAAGUCUCUUAAGUGUUGUAAGGUUUUAUGGGAAAGGCUUUGACGGAAAAAAAAAAGCCCCCAGCAUCCUGACAAAUGUCUGUUUCUGGGGGGCAAAUGGUGUUUUGAUGUGCGUUAUGGCCUGAUUUCAGACGCCGCUGUUUGUUCCUACUUAUCAACGACAAAUGUCCUCCAUUCGUUCAGACAGAGUUACAGACCUGGACACACAUUACAAGAGUCUGUGUCAAAUAUAUUGGCACUUGAAUGUUAUUUAUUCUCUCUUUUAUGUUUUUCUUUUCCCAUGUGUCUCUCUUUUUUCUAUACCUCUGUCUCUCCUUAGAUAACAGAAUGAUAAAGGUAAACAAAACCAGAGAGCCUCUGGAGUUUAAGUCACACCAGUGGUUUGGAGCAUCAGUCAGGUCACACAAAGGAAAAGUGGUGGUGAGUGGAAAUGGUCCCAGUCAAUAUACAACACUUUUCCAUCCUGAGCAUGCUUGAAAACUUAAAGUUACACACACAUUUCGGUUUUGAGUACAAUUAUUAAGACUUUGUAUUCAACAAAAAGGAUUCAGGUUGAAUUAUUUGUUGUGUAGGCAUGUGCUCCUCUCUAUCACUGGCGAACGGUGAAGAUAAGUGGGGAGAAGGACCCCGUUGGGACCUGCUAUGUGGCCGUCCAGAACUUCAGCGCCUACGCAGAGUACUCACCCUGCAGGACCAGUGAGUCACUCUGCAGCACCAAAUCCAGCUGUCUCCAUCUUCCUUUAACUACUUCCUAUCCUCUCUUCUUUUCCUUUCAUUUACUCUCCUCUUAAAGUAAAAACAUUUAAACAAUCUUGAUCCCCCGCUAGUGUGACACAGUUAAAGGGCCAGUCUUACUUAUUUUUGAAAUGAGGGAUUAAAGGCUCCGUGUUUCAAAGUUUUAUAUGGUACAGUAUUUAUCUGAGAGAUUCAAACCUAUAACAGUCUGGAUUGACUAUUUUUGUGGCAUCACCUGUUAUCCAGAAUAAUCCACCAACAUCCCCAUGAACAGUAUUAGUUAGGGUGACCAUACGUCCUCUUUUACCCAGACAUGUCCUCUUUUUGGGGGGCUGUCCAGGUUUGUCAAGGGGGUUAUAAAAUCCUUCAAAUAUCCUCGAUUUUGUCCGCAAGUUUUGAUUUUGUGUCUCGUGAACUUAGUGAGUUAGAAGUGCGUAAAAGACACUCAAUCCGACCCGAAAAACUCAAAAUCAACGACUCCGUGACUCCGCUACUACAUAGUCAUGUCCUCUUUUUGGGAAGUCAGAAUAUUAUUAGAGGAAACUUCAAAAGGAAAAUCUUACCAGCGUGAAUUUUCAGUGAUGUAGAAAGGUUAUUUUGUUUAAAAAAAAAACCUGUUCACUUCCACUAUAUUUGCCUGAUGAUUAAUUUCUCAGAGGUGUAAACAGCCUGUCAGGCGACACAUCGUAAACAGCAGCUCAAACUUGUGCACCAUUCACACUGACGCACACGCACACAGUUCCCUUAGUGUCUACUUGAAGGCUGUUGAAGGUCUUUUAUUUUGUUGUUUAUGACAGUUCGGACUCAUCUAGACUGGAAUACUGUAACCUCAGCUGUUCUCAAGAGCUGAAUAAUGCUUCAGCAUUCUCAAGGCAGGAGCAAUAUUUCUUCGUUCCGUGUCUGAGUCUAUAUUUUUUGGCCUCCAGCAGCUUUUUCUGUUUCAUCUUAACAUGAAUCUACAAGCAGCCUGAGUACUACUAUAACUCAAGCCUUUGUUUAUACAUGUACGUGUGUAGUUCUGCAUCAUUAAGCUUCACCUCAGGGUGCCUCCGAAAUCAAGAACAAUUUACAAUGUUCACAUACAUUAUUUGGUGUUUUUAUGUCAAAUGUAUAAGGAGUAGUGAAGUUGUUUUGUCUGAUAGAAAUAAUGUUCCCUGCAACAUCAGUGUUUAGCAUUGUUGUUGUUCCAGUUCACGUCUUUUCAUAAGUAUUUAGGCAUUCAUAACUCUUGUUCUUCUGCUGGUCUCAGAUGAUCCAGAUCCAGAGGGACAGGGGUUCUGCCAGGCUGGCUUCAGUGUGGAUUUCACAAAGGUAACAAUCACAGCAACAACCCCACACAGCUACCACGACGACCUCCUGCACACAUCUUGUCCCCUCUCAAACAGAGCGUCUCCCUUCAGAGAUUUAUGGACUCUGGGAAGAUGAGAGCUCGUUUGUCCCAAGAGGAGCCUCAACUCCUGAAGUGACCCAUCACCUCUGAACACAAUAGACCAAACACACACAGACACAUUUACACAUUCUUACACUGUAUCGUCAAUGCGACCUUCGACCUCUGUCUCAUGGUCCAACUCUACCCUUCUGUACAGGAAGCUGUCACUCUCUGCAGGAUGUCAACAGACAUGACAGCAAGAAUCACACGUGCACACACACACAUGCUAUACACACUCUAGACAUAUAUAUCAUUUUCCCGCACGAACACACACACAGAUUCACAAACAAAUUACCGUCUACUGACUAACUCGGGUUAAUUUUAUUUAUUCCAGGAAGGGACGCUGGUGGUAGGAGGACCUGGGAGCUAUUACUGGCAAGGUAACUGCAACAACAGUGUGUAAACAUGAAUCUGCUUUCUUUCUUUUCCUGUGAUUUCAUAAAGAGAAAAGAAUUAAUAUGAGUUUAACAGUCAGAACAACCCACCUACACACACGCGCGCGCAAGAAAACACUUGCCAAGUUUGCAUUUUUAUAACAGGAGUCUAACAGAGGAGAAGAUGGAAAGAAACGUGUCACUUUCCUCAAGUUUUUCCUGUCUUAGUUCCCUUACCUCACUCUGCCUUCUCUGUGUAAUAGUGUUACAGGAAGUGUGUAUUUGGACUCUGUAAUGAGCUGAUCAGCGGGUAAUGGAGUGUGGAGACGCUGCCCCUCUGCCCCAUGAUAAAGCACAGAGGGGCCUGGAAAAACUUUUAAGAGUAAGGAGGAGGCUGGAGGGCUGAGAAGGACAGAGAAAAGGUGGGGGAAAUUUAGAUAAAGGGAGAAAAGUGGAGCGGGGAGGACAGCGGGAGUGAUGGAGGAUUGGUAAGGAGAUGAUACAUGCUGCAGAAACAUGCUGCAGCCAGUGGGGAAGGGGGGGAUAAGAAGAGAGGGAGUGAGCAAGACAAGAAGAAAGAACAAGAAAGAUGGAUCUUGUGCUUGAUGAAAGCAACGCUGAGGGGUCAGAUAGCUUGCUGGGUAUGCAGAGUUGUAGUCCAAGCAGAGGGAUGAGGUGUCCUAAUAGGUGUAGACACAGCCGGAGUGUGUCAGAGUUCAGCUGUUGAAGUGUAGCGCUACUCCCCCAGAUCCAGGUGUGUGGGAGAGAGUGUCUUCUAAAUUUAGAGAGGAGUUCUGCAGCUGGAGAUAGGCACUGUUGGGCUGCAGAAACUAAUUUCUCUUUCCUUUUAUUUGUAGCCCUUCAUCCAUCACUCCACAGCACCACAUUUGCCUCAAAUAGAGAAACGCAGAGAGAGAGGAGGGGAAAAAAGGAAGACCAAAAGUAGCUCAGUGAUUGAUAUUUAAAAACCUUAGUAUGAUUUGGGGUUAUUGUUUGGCAUUGCUGCUGUUACAUAUGGUUAAAUAAUGAAUGCUUUUUGUGUACAAGACCGCACUAGACAGGCAUUACAGACAGCCUAAUGGACUGCUGGCUCUUUGUGCCCUCAGCGUGGCAAGGCUGGCUGCCUCCAGUUAAAACACUUCCUCUGAAUGUUUAUAAAAGCACUCAGCCUAGAUUUUAUGGUCUCUAAUAUACUGCGAUUAUCUUCAGCCUUCAGCCUGAGUCAUCAUAAAAAAGACGUUUUUAUACACAAUCUUGUCAUCGUCGGGUGUAGAAGACUCUUGGGAUUAACAGCAAGGACUUAUGUUUGUGCUGUAGCACUUUGUAACACGGUGUCUCAUUAAUCAGAUAGAGGGUUAAUAAUGAGUUGAUGCAGUGAUAUGUUAUUCUGGGAGAUAAACUGAGAGUGGAGAAGAUGAAGGAGGGGGUGAAAAAGGAGUUAGAGGGAGGGUUAAGAGGGCAUAUUUUCCUCCGAGUCCUCGAGUACGCACACACACAUAAAGCAGGAUUUAUGGAAGGUUGAGGGCAACCGUAGAUAAAAUCAUUUGUUUGUUUGACCUCUUGUUCAACAGCAGAGGAAGGGUGGUGUUUGCGAGUGCUCACCUAUAAUUCAGAAUCCUGCCACAGAGAGACAGACUUUUUUUCACGAGGGAUUUUAAAGGAACUUUGUGGUAUUUUCCAGCUAUCCCUCUGCCAGUGCUGUGUUUUAGCUUUCCUCAGGGCUUGGAAGUAUGUUAGCUUUGAGCAUUUUUUCAUGUAGAGAAGACAGUUUAGCUUCAGCAGCAGGUUGCUAGCCAAAGGCAUCUGUGCUCCCUUCAUGUGGUCCUGAGGGACACGGCUGUCUGUGGACAGAUGUGACUCUCUCACCCUGGUUGCAUGUUUUUUCUCUGUCUGUUUAUCAGGUCAGGUAAUGACAGCAGGGAUAGCAGAGAUACUGAACGGCUACUCUUUGAAGGCGGUGUUGAGACGGGUUUCAGGAGAGAAACAGACCAGAGCUGCUGAAGACACGCAUGACGACAGUUACCUUGGUAAUGUGCACUUGAAAAACAAGCUCAUGCACGCAAGUUAAAAACCAGUUUGAUUCAAUUACAUCAUACGUUUCCUUACAUACAUCACAUAGAGCAUCCCAUGCAGAGUUAAUCUCACCCGUGUGCCAUCAUGUGCAACCCAUUUCUCUCCAGGUUACUCUGUGGCUGUGGGGGAGUUUACAGGAGACUCGGAACAAGGUGAGAAAGCACUCAACUCAUUACAACUAACCACAUGCAGCACCGGAGGAAUCCCUCGCUAACAACAUCAGGAGGCACCGCACAGCACAUGCUGCAUGUUUGUACUCUCAGUAUGCUCUCCAGCUGGAUGAUAGUAGCACUGUUGGAGGGGGUUGCUCGGUGAACGAUGGGGAGUGGACAGCUGUGUGACAGUGUCUUGGUCUGAACUCAGAGGCAGUAAUGAGAACUGUCUCUGUAUGUCUGGGUCGCGACCCUGAGGGGACAGGACUUAAGGAACUGCUGAUAAAGGGAUUUCCUCUCCUCUAUUUUGUCUGAUUAGUGGCAGACUCUGCAGACCUCUUCAGAUCUAGACUUGUGUCCAGGAUCUCCUCUGGAUACAAAAUAAUUGGUGGAAAGAGAGGCAGGCACGCCACACAGCAUAAUUUUUUACAAGAUUGUAGUCGAGGGGGCAAGUGUCACUGAGUUAGUCUUUUUGGAACUUUUUAUAUCACCACAAAUAUUUUGCUUUUCAUAGUGUGACUUCAUCUUGCACUUAAGUGACUUUCCAGAAUCACAGCAUUGUAGCUUUCUUGACAUUUAUUCUCAUGCCAUUAGUUUUGACUUUAGUCCAAAUGAAACAAAAGCAAAACUUAGAAAAAGAGCUCUGUCUUCGCAGCAAAUUAGAAGAAAACCAAAUUUCCUCUAAGUCGGUCAUGCCGCAUCCAUUUUCAAACCUUAUUUAUUGCUUCCUCUUCAGUUUUUGUGUCGCCACACAUUUCAACAGCAAGAAGACCCUCCUCCUUCAAACUCACUACAGCUUUCCAUUCAUAAUUUCCUGUCUAUCAAAGCCUCUCUGUUAAUCAACAUUUAGCGGGACCUUUACAGGACAACCCGACGUUUACAUACCCCCAUACCAACCCCGCAAAGGCCCUGAACCCCCUCCGGCACAACACAUGUCAGAGACUCUUUAAGUGAGCAUUAAGAGGUUUCACAUGCCUGUUGAUAUACUGUGUUGUGGUAUGCAAACUUGUUGUGGUCAUGUUCCCCCAAACCGUCCUAAGACUGGAGGAUGAUCGUAACAGUGAGCUCUGAGUGAAGAUAGAGCUGGGAAGUCGUGGUUCAGGGGUUCGCGGUUGAGUCUUUUGGAUAGGGCUGCGGUGUCAAGAGAGAAAAAGCGGGGUGGUGGUGGGGGGGCAUCUGUCUUCUCUUGCUGGGUGGGACCCUUAGAUCGUCUCUUUAAGUUAACAGAGCCACACUCAUCAAUCAAUAGGCAAACAGAGUCUGAGCACCCAUCCACCAGGGUGUUCUCAACGACACUUGGCGCUUCUGGCAGGGUGGGCUGAGUGGAGGAUUUAAGGGUUUUGAGGGGUAAAGACUAUCUUGAGACCUUUUCCUUCUCUUUAAGUCUUUCUCACAGACACACAAACUGAACUGACUGUUUCUCUGUUUUUUUUCAUUUGCCAGAGCUCAUAGCAGGAGUCCCGAGAGGAGCGCAAAACUUUGGAUAUGUGAGUACAAGCCAACAACUUAAGAUAAAGAUAAUCAGAAGAGAUCUAUAAAAAAAAAUCUAUAAUUGACUAAUUAAAAGGAUAUUCCGGCUUCAGUUAGGGCCAAACACACCAUAACACCGAGUUAGACACCCCCCUCGAGAGAUGAAUUUUGCCGGCUGCUUGUUUCUCUAGUUCCACCAACUUCAGCAACAAUAGCAGUACAUAGCGGUCUACGUCUCCAUGCGCAAAACACAAUAAAUAAAAAAAUGUUCGUAGCCAUAAAUAAUGCACAGAACAGCACCUAACUUUAUCAACAGUACAUAUAGGGUCUUAGCCAUAGUACUAGCCACCAGACAUCAUUUCUGCUUUGACUGGUUUCUUUAGCAAAGAGACUAAACACAACUCACCCACUCUCCUCCAGCAGCCGCUUGUUUGUGGGGGAGCCCUGACGAGUCGAUCACCAAGUGCAGCGGAAAAUUUAUGAUUAUUACCUCAUGGAAAUGCAAUCAGACCAAGACGCUAAGGCAGAAGAACUACCGCGUCUGCAGUACACAUACAAGAUACACAAGAACUCUGAUUGCAUUUCCAUGAAGUAAUAAUCGUAAAUGAUCUUCCUUGAGCUGCGAAACUCCGCUGCACUCGGUGAUUGACUCGUCAGGGCUCCCCCGCAAACAAGCGGCCGACUGACUUAUUCAACAGCACGCUCUUAUGUUAAAUCACCAAAUUAAAAAAAAUCAUUUUGAUGGUUUAGUGCUCCACUACACUUUCAGAAACUUGAGGUUUCCUUGACAGUGCUUUGGUGCUAGCAUUAGCAAAGGUAGGCUAGCUCAUGGGCUAAUGAAUACGUUUGAUUCUGAAAUAUGGCUUUAUGUUCUGACCACAAUCUACAUGUAUGAAACGUACCAACUGAGAUAUACAGCAUUCAAACGUUAUGACAGGGUUUGAGCUUCCCUCUGUGACGUCAGAGGAAAAAAGCUGUCGUGUGAAUGUGUUUGACCGGCUGACGUCCUCUAGGUUUCUUUAUGUGGUUUUCUUGUGUUAAUUUACAGCUUGUCAGUACAGACGAACAUGAGUCUGUCCGGACAAAGACAAAUACUGUAUGUGUGUCUUUGUGUUAACUGUAGUGAGCUCUCUUAUGGGAACGUGUCCCCAGGGCCGUCUGUGUCAAUCCUUCCUAAUGACACACAGCUUCCGCUGCAUGUGGAGGGCGGUGACCCCACCUAACCUCACUAACCCUUCUCCACACACACCCGACCCCUAACCUUAACCUGCAGUGCAACCGCAGGACUUGCCAAACUACACACACACACACAUAUUAAAACAGUAUUUGUGUUUUGUGUCUGGAUGCUGUCACUUGUGCCAAAAUGCUUCUUCCUGUACAGACAGUGCACAGAGGAGGGAGCUUGUAGCUCACAUUAGGGGGUGUGUUAUCAGAGAAGCAGGUAGGCCAUGUUCAAGACCUGGACGCUGGGGUAGUUGUGUACUCUGCUCAGGUUUCUUCUGUGACCAAUCUGACACAUCAGAGCGCUCAGAUGCAAUAUUUGUGUUUACACAUCUUCAUCUGUCUGUGUUUGUAAGUCUAACCCUAUUUAGUUUGUCUUUGAGACAUCUGCAAUUGGACAAACGUGUAUCCUCCUACAUGUGUGUGUGUGUGCGUGAGUGCUGUGCAAGAGCGUGUAGCCCCCGGCUGUCUCCAUGUGGUUGUUAUUUUAGGUCUUAUGAAGGAAUUCUCAGCCUCCCCCUCCAUCUCUCCCCGCGACCGGGGUUAGGAUGGGGGGUAGGAGAGAAAGAUGAGGGGGGAAAUGGUGAAGGCACCAAGAGGAUGAUGGUGGGGGAAGGAAAAGGGGGUUUGGGUACAAUAAAAGCUUUUUUUAUGCGGUUUCUAUUUUUUUUCCUGCAUUCUUUGUGUGGCUGUCUGUUAGACUGCGUGGCCAUGUUUGCAUGGCCUGGUGUUUUAUUGUUUUUGCUUUGUUUUAUCUGACAGUCUUACUUGUUUUUUUUUAAGGUGGCUAUGAUCAACUCCACCAAUCUGACUUUCAUCCAGAACUUCACAGGCGAGCAGGUAGGAGCAUCAACACAUCCCUGGGCCUGUUUAUAAGCUUAAGAGUGUUUGUGUCACAGCUGAUAUUGAUUCUUUUCCAUUUUUGUGUGAAUUCAAUUUGAAUUGGAAUGAAAAUAAAAUUAGAUGAAAAUCUGGUAACAAUAUGCUGUUUAUGCUUGAAAAUAGUUGAGGUCCUUUUUGCUCUGUCCUUCAGAUGGCUUCCUAUUUUGGAUACUCAGUGGCUUCCAUGGACCUGAAUGGAGAUGGGUUUGUUGACUCUUCUCUUUUCUAUUUUUAGAUAGCUGCACUUAUCUUUUCUCCCUCCUCCUCUGAGCGUUGAAUCUAUGUUUUUUUUUUUUUUUUAACCCCAGGAUGGAUGAUGUACUUGUCGGAGCGCCCCUCUACAUGGAGAGAGAGAUGGAGAGUAAACCUAGAGAGGUCGGGAGGGUGUACCUGUACCUGCAGACCGCCCCACUCACCUUCACUGAACCUGUUGCCCUGACUGGCACUCACACUUUUGGCCGCUUCGGCACUGCUAUUGCGCCCCUGGGAGACAUCAACCAGGAUGGAUACAAUGGUAUGAAAAACAAACUGAGGGUUUAAAUGGGGAAAAGAGAUUGAGAUGCAUCAAAAACAGAUUAGAGAGGAGGAAGGAGGAAAAAAUUUGAAUAAGUAAACACGUCAAAGUCCUUCAUUUUUUGUGUGUCAGUUGCUGUUUGAUUUUCCCUUUCUCUUGUCUGCUCAUAUGUGUCUGGUGUUUCCAGGUAAACCCGAUGACAGACAAAUCUUUCUCUGUUUCCCGUCUCUUUCGGAUUGUUUUGUCUUUGACUGAGGAAAUCCUAUCAGAUGCUACUACUUUAGAAACUCUAAGCUCUUCAGCCAAUCAGGAAGUGCAGCGAUGAAAGGUUGUCUCUGUGAACUUGUUCCCCUUCUGUGAUGUUAAGGGUUAAAGCCACAUGUGUGUGUGUGUGUGUGUGUGUAAGUGUGUGUGUGUAUGUGUUGGGGUUAUUUUUAACCCACCAGAUGUGCAGUGAGAUAAAAUCAUCUGGGAGUUUGUGUCCAGCAACUCACAGUUCAUUCUUCUUCGAUGUGUUUGUUUUAUCCUCACAUUGAUUGGACACAGACACACACAAACACACAAAAACACAAACAAACACACACACACACACACGCAUAUGAAUAUAGCCUGCAGCCCAAAUGCUCCUUGAAGCUAAGGCCUGUUGACUGCUUCCUAAAAUAUGAAUGAAGAGGUGUCCAUCUGGUUCUCCUAUGACAUCCAUCCCACUCAUUUGUGGUUUAUUUAUUCAUGGGCAGUGAGCGUUAAUGUGUGUUCCACGCCUUUAAAUCCUUUAACAAUCAGAUCAAUAACCAGUGGAUCAAUUCCUAAGCUCUCUUUGGCCAAGAGAGUAAAUCAAAUCAGGCUGUCUGUCAGGAUGUGAUGACCUCUGAGGAGGAGCUUCAGAGGAGAUGGAGCCUCUUUGCCAGUUGCAGUGACAUGCAGAGAGAUGACUUGUUGAGAGUGAAUCUAAUGAGUACGAGCUCAUGAUGGAGUCACCAUGAAAAGGUAGUGAUCACGGCUUUCAGCAGCUUCAUUUUGCUAAUGUCAAACCUCUGCGUCUAAGUAUACCUGUGCCCCUGUGUGAUUAUGUGUGCCGAAUCACUGACAGAUCCCUUUUAGCCGAGCCUCUUCCUUCCCCUCGAAUCAGAUCUCAUCACUCCUCUUCAGAGUUCCUGAAGCAGAGCCGCUCUCAUACUUUGUCGUCAUUGUGGCUUUGAUGGGUGUCAGAUGAAAACUCACAAUUUAGCUAACUCAAUUUGCCAUGUGGCUUGUUUUGUUUUCAAUUCUUCUAUCAACCACCACUGAAACAUUCUCCUAUAGAUUUUGGUCUCGGUGAUCCCUGUGGGUGUUCCCACAUUUUGCUGUGAAUGUCUGCUUUGUGUGGGUAGGUGUUAAGCAAUGCCCAUGAGUGACUUUCACAUUAUUUGAGGGCUUUUCUAUUUUCUCAAGACAGAUCCACCACAUAUACAGCUCUUAAGUUUUGUACACAUACCCAAACAUAGACCUACAAAUGUGCACACACACACAUAUACACACACACAGACUCAUACAUACACUUGCAUACACACAUGGUUGCAUUUAUUCUCCCUACCCCACAAUCUGCUUCAUGUGGAGCUAGUUGUUUAGGCUGAGAGAGAGGGGGUCCGGAGACAAACAGGAUGUCUAGAGGUGUUUGGACAGUUCCAGAACUGAAGGUUACUUUUGUGCAGGACAGUGCAGUGUGUCCACAUUAAGAGGGUAGAAAGGAAAAAUAACAAAAGUAUGAUGUGGUGUAAGGAUUUCAGUCUCAUAAGCUUGUUUCAGUACAAAGGGAUAAUCUUCUUUGUUUGAAUUACAUAAAAAAGACAAAGAUGAAUAAGCACACGAAACAAUAGCUAGUCAGUAGAGAGUUAAUCUGUUCACUAAUUGCACCUUCAGUGUGAUGUUAUAACUAUAACAAGCGAGGAUUGCAUUAUUGACUAGAAUCACAUUUUAAAACCUUCAAUGUAGAGCCCAAAGAAAAAUGGGCCCCGGAAAUAUUUAUAGCCGAGUUGUAAGCACCUGCGUGGCUCAAUAGUAAUCUUGGAUCACAUGCAUUCUGGUCUGGAAAAGAGAUUUGAAUCGAAGGCUGUUUUGGGGAAAUGUGUUUUCCCCUCUAAUGCAUCACUGAUGGGAUUUAAUGGAAGUGAACCAAAUAGGAGCUAUAAUCAAUUAUUUGUCCUUUUUUUUAGAGCAAACCUUAUUUCAAUUGCUGUAAAUGCUGUUUAAUGGCAUAGCAGGCAGGACAAGGCCAAUAUAACACAUGAUUUUACAUUUUUCACAGAGAGUUGUGACUCCGCGACUACAUACCUGUGUGUCUGUGGAAAUUUCCUACCAGGCCCAAAACACACACUCUCAAUCACAGUUUCAGCAAUCUUACUUUGAGGGAUAGGCUCAUCAAUAACGGGGUUAUUUUGGGCGAGGCUUAAACCAUUUUGGUUCAAAUGCAAUAUUUUACUUCAACUUGUAUACACCAAGAGCUUAAUCAAAAUAGGAAAAGCAAUAUGGGGUUUCAAACAGCAGCCACACAGUCCUGAUGAAGCAGGUUCCUUCAAUGAAUUUAUAAUUGUUGUAUAUUUAUUCAUAAAUAAAUGACAAGUUGGGGAAAGUUUUAUAUGCAACUUUUGAGGUCCUUUUGGUGAUGUUUCCAAUUCCUGCCGAGAUUUUAAUCAUCCAUGACACCAUCAUACCUCUGAGAGAUGGUUUAGCAUGCUAGGAGACAUGAGCUUAGUUUAAAGACUGGAAGCAGAGAGAUACAUGUAACCCAACUUAACCAAACUCUUCAACACUUCUACAGCUUACCUAAAGGGCAGAAAUUGUGUAAAACAUUUGUACUUUUGGUAACAACAGCAAAUAGGUUUGUGCAUGUUAGCAUGCUAGUGUUUAGCCUCAGGUUGCUGCUACCUUGGCCAUAAACAGCUUGUUAUCCUAAACUUGAGACUGCAUACAUUAAGCAAUCAAUAUAUACAAUAUAUGAAAGAAGUUUUUCUUUCAGAUAGAAUUCAUGCCAGCCUGUCCUCAUGGUUUCGACCAUUUAGGAACAAACCAGCUGUUAGCUACAGCUUCAGUGGGUAUGAUGAAAGUUACAGCAGUCUCUUCAAAUAUUCCUCAUUAAACAAGUCAACAAGACUUUUCCCUGACAUGUCAAACAGUUUAUUAAGGACCUCGAUAGACUCUACUUUAUAAAUGAUAUCCAUACUCAUUAUAAAAGUUAGAGUUACAUGAUUAAUGGAAAUCAAAGAAAAGAGGUCCAUGCUGUCAUGGUCCCCACAGUGCAGGUAAAAAGAGGUCAAGCUCUUUUCCGUCUCUUUUUCCUUCUACCUGUAUGUUUUCCUCUUAUUCUGUCUCAUGGGGACCUUUGCUCUGCUGAUGUUUAAACCAUGCUUGUGUGUGUGUGUGCGUGUCACCCCUUAGACGUGGCGGUGGGCUGUCCGUUUGGAGGUGAGGAGCGUGGAGGAAGAGUAUUGAUCUUUAAUGGUAACAAAGAUGUAUCCGCACAAGGACUAACGCUGAGCCAAGAGCUGAGAGCUGCCUGGACUCCCAGUGACAUUUUGCCUGGAUUUGGAUUCACUCUAAGAGGAGGCCAAGACCUGGACAACAAUCAGUACCCCGGUAAAUACGCAUACUGAACAAGUUAAACCGUCUCCACAAACUCCCCGUGUUAUAAUCAAAAUUCUUUCUCCGACUUGCAUUCUUUCACUUCUCCACUCUCCCUCCAGCUCCUCUCAUUACAGCCUCCCUUCUCCUUCUCUCUUGACCUCUGCAUUUCACGGUUUCCCCAUUUGCACUCCUCCACUACCAUCCCUGUGUUUUUUGUAUUGCUUUCCCCCAGUUCUCUGGUAAACUCAUCAGCAAGAAGAAGAAGGGGGUAUUAUAGGAAUAUGUGCCAGUGAGCUGCUGCUAUAUCCAUUCUUUUGGGAUUUAUAGUUCAAGAAGGAGAGAAAACAUCAAUUGGAAAGCAAGAAAAAGUCUAAUAAUACUUUAUCCACAUGUUCAGUUUGCCAGAAAUUGAGGCCUUGGCUUAUUUCCAUGAAACUGAGCAGAAAAAGAAACAUUCAAUUGAAUUACAUGUAAAGACUAUCCUAAUUUAUAUCCUACCUACCUACUUUAGCAGACACUUCUAGCUUCUGUCAUGACAGUGGGUUUUAGAGACCACUAAAAAUCACAAGAAGCCCAAAAUGCAAAGGAUUUUUGCCUGAGUUUGAAGCUCUUUAUGGGCACAAGUUUGAUCUUUGAAAAAAAUCCACUUGAAGCAAAGCAGGUCUGUAAAACUACUGUUAUACUACCUCAUUUUCUCCCUAAUUUAGAGCACUUCUACUGUGCGCAUUACUGACUUUGUGCUACAACAGAUUUGGCUGAAAACGUAGAUCUUGUUUAGCUUUACCUUCUCUUUUCUGUUCUUCGCCUCGUACCCUUUUUCCCUUUCCUUUCAUUCCACUGUAAUAACAGAUUUCUUCAUUGCACAAACAAGACAUUGAGGGAAACACACACAUGCGUAAACACUAGUUCAUAUGUGCAGCGUGUGAUCAGUUUCACCGGCGGAGAGAGAGAGUGUGUGUUGAGCGAGCGCCAGACUCCAGGUCAAAGCUGUGCAGACCCACUGCAAAUCAGAGACCCUGAAUUAAAAACAUGAUGAAUACAGUGGAUACACACAGCGUGUACAGGUUUGUGGAGGCCCACUGAGAGGAGGAAGUGGAGAAAAAGUUGCGGGUGGCAGAGCUUUCAGCCAACACACACACACACCGUAUAAACAUGAACAAGUACAAAUGGCGCGGCGCUUUUGUCGUCUGUCAUUAGAGAGUUUACUGGUGGAAGUGCGACACACAUACGCAUGGAGUGUCGUUAGCACGGUAGUAAAGUCACAGUGUUCAAAGCAGCCGUUCAUGUUUGAUCUGCGUUAUGAGAGGACUGCACGGGUGUCUGGGAGGCCUGCUAGAGCUGCCAUAUGCUGCCAUGGAUGUGAAAUGUCAUUAGUCUAAAGCAGGAACACAGAGAGAGGGGAGGAUGGUGAUUAAGCUCCACUUUUAGCUUUAAUAGACCUUUCCUCAAACAUUAUGUCAUAGGUUUGUGUUUUACAAGAUGGCUGUGGAAAUGGAGGGCGGAAGAGACCAAAGAUGUCAAAGAAGGCAGAACCGGAAAGAAAACGGCCCCAAACCGUAAAUAAAGGGGUGGUUCAGACUUUUUGAAGUGGUGGUGGGUGAAGCUCCUAUCAAUGGUAAGUUUAUGACCUACUUCAGUGGUGGGGGUCAUGGCUUCUGUUUGAAAGGGUUCAUAGCUAAACAUACUUACAAGUAUUUGACAAAAACCAACCUAAUAAAAGCAGCAUCAGUGAUAAGUUUUCACAUUAAUUUGACUAUUUCUUGUUUUUACCUUAUACAUCUCCAUUGUGAAAAAAAAAACCAGAACUAUCCCUUUAAGUUACACAGCUGAUGUUUAGGCCCAGCCCUGAUGAUGUUUCACUGAUGCAGCAAAGGCCAAGAAGCAGAGUUUGACUCAGACUGAAUGCUAGAGUUAUGGUUAGGGUCGGCUGUGAAUCGGACACAGGUCAGAUUGCCUCAGGGUGCAUUUCAGGUUCAGCCGAGAGGUCAAAGGUCAGAAACUGACAGUGUUUUACCUGUCAAUCACACUGACUUGCUGAGAGAGUUACAGACACAGAGACAUGUCAGGGGCUGUGAUUUGGACGUGUGCGGUCCUGAGGGGUCAUUAGGGCGGUCAUUUGGUUGGUAAGUAGGUGUAAAAUUCACGUCUAGGCUCACUGUCUAAUAAUUUACAACCAUUGUGACUUUUUGUCUUUUUUGGAUUUCUCUAUUACCCCCUAAAAUUGGGCUUUUCCUGUGUUUUGAGCAUUUCUUGGCUAAUUUGAACUUCCCUCACUACUGUUAUGUAACCAAAUUUGACUGCGUUUUCAAACAAAACUGUCAUAUUGCUCAAUUUUGGGUAAACCGCUCCAAUUCCCUCUGCAUGCAGUGUAAGCGAUUGACUUUCCAGAACAAAAAUCAAGCCUUUCAUGUUGUGUUGUGAAGGUAUGCUGUAGCUUGCAAUUGGGGUGGGAAUCACUAGUGGGCCCACAAUACAAUAUUAUCACAAUACUUGGGCCACGAUACAAUAUUAUCACGAUACUUGGGCCACGAUAUGAUAUUAUUAACAUUUUGUAAUACAUUAAGUAUUGCGAUACAAUAUAUUGCGAUAACGUUUCAACUGCUUAGCUAAUUUAGCAUUUGUCCUUUCUUUUUGUUUGUCUUAUUUACACAGUAUUUUAUUUUCAUGUAGCACUUCUAGCAAAACUUAUUUGUUAGGUGUAUCUUAUUUGUGCCCUGCUUGCAUUCUUAAUGUCUUUCCCCAAGUGCUGCUAUAUUUGUGGCACUAACUUUCUCUUGUUCUAUGAUAUCACCUCUGCCAAACCCACUGGACAAAAAAUGUAUUUUAUUCGUCCAUUAUCAUAGAUUUGACUUCAAAAAUCAAUACAUAGUCAAUGAGACGAUACGAUAUAUGACCAGACAAAAUAUCGCAAUACUACACUGUAUCAAUUUUUUCCCCCACCCUUAGCUUGCAGUUACUGAAAAAUCUUGAAAUCCCAAACAUGCAACUUAGAAUUACAUAUAUAUUUUUUUCCCUCAAAGCUGCCCUCUUUUUCCACAGAGCGCCAUUGACCUUUGGCAAUUCAUCAGCAAGGGCAGUCCCCUGCAGCUGAACAGGCAGUUAGAGCAUGCAGUUAGUGACAGCUUGACAGUCUGUCUAAACUCUGAGUGGAGGUUGUGUUUUUAUAGCCCAGGAUGGACACCAUCAGCUAUAGCAGCUCAGUUACCAAGUGUAUACCUGCAGCAAGACCCUCCAUCAAUGAGUGAAUAUGAGUGGGUGUAUGCAGUGGUGUGUGUCUGUCUCUGUGCAGGUAUGGCUUACCCACAUACUAAACUCAAAUGAACAGUGGCAGCCAAGCGUUCCUGUGCGUAAGGAAAUGGGAUUGACAUGAAAAGGAAAGUGUGCCGUUAUUUGAUUAGGCCUCUCAGUGCAGCCAUGCGCACACUCACACUCUCGAACACACACUUAACCCCAAAGGUGCCCUGUCCUCAAUCAGUCUCAUGCCGUGCGGUGGUUUGGAGAGCAAACAGCAGAGUCAAGAUGAGGCGUGCAGACGACCACUGUGUAGAAUACACACAGGGAUGACAGGAGUGGAGUUGGAUUUCCUGGUUACACAACUCAACAGCGGGAUGGAAGGAGGAAUGCGGACUGGGAGUCCGUCUCGCUCCCUCUGCUGAAAACACACCUUGGUCCUGAUGACUUUCACAGACUGCAGUUUAAAGGCCAAGUGCGCUAUCUCCUUCCCUCCCUUUGCUUUCUAUCAUUCCUUCUUUUUCCUCCUUCUGUGCUUUUUUCCCUCCCUCUUCUGUACCCCUGCAACCGCCCUACAAAGCCAACAUCUUGCUUUCUCGUUGCAGGCUUUUUUAACACACACACAGGAACACACAGGCACACACUCACAUAACGACAUAGCUCACCCCUGGGGAAGAGGGACAGGACCUAAAUGUUUAAUGUUGUGGUUACAGGGGGACUCAGUGACUGCAGCCAAAGGCAGAAACAGAUGUGUCUCCCUCUGAUUCAAUUAGUCCGCUUUUGCGUUUAUAUGCAGGAGAGGAAGACACAACAAAUGAUGAGCAAAGAUUACAAAAGUCCCAGCUCAUAGUGCAACGACCUGCAGCGAGUAACAAAAGCAUUCCCCUCUGAUGAAGAAGCUCCAACACAGUUCAGAUGUCAGAUAGUCGAUCACAUACUUAGGUGAUCGACGAAAAAUGAAUCACCAGUAAAUAUGAAAUUCUCAAUCCAAAUGGGAAUCACUUAGUAGCUGCAACAUACACAUUUUGGAGUUGUGUUUUACAUUUCUCAGGCCAGGAUAAAUCAGUUAGUCAUGAGAGGCUUAAAGCUAAUGCAUUCAUAGUGAUUAGAUGAUACUAAAAAUAAUCCUUCGAGUUGGCAUGGUGAGGUUAUGUUGUCUUUCUCAGGAUCAGUUAAGCUGCAUCUGGUACUGAUGGCUUGUAUCCAUUAAGAGCCUCUCACACUGUUUUAAUCAGAACUUGUGUGUGUGUGUGUGUGUGUAUUUGGCUUUCAUUGGUAUGUGUCCCCUCACCGCAGCCAUUAAACUCCGGCUCUAUUUUAAACUCCGAGAGCCAAUUAAGAGUGUGUGUUCAUCACGAAAGCCAUAAAAACAAAUAAAAAUCACAUAUAGAUGAGAUCUGUUGCUGCUUACAAUUAAGAGCUGUUGGGAAAUGUUGUGCAGAGAAAAUGUGAUUGGCACGAUGUGAAGUUUCUAAUGGCGCUGGAAUGCAGUGUGGGGUCCCUGUCUCCGUGCACGCAAACACACACACACACAUAUAUGUAUGAACAUGCUGCACAAUAGACUCACACACACACGGACACACUUUUUGGCCUUAUGUGUUUCAAAAUUUAGUCUGAAGCGGCUCAUGUGUGAAAGGAAAGAGUGAUAUCAGAAACUUUAUGCAAUGUCACAGCGUGUGUGUGUGGGUGUGUGUGCAUUAAAUGUGAAGGGUCUGUGUUUGAUGAAGAUUGCUGGAGACCUUGAAAUCAAUCCCAUCUGUUGCAUUCUUUGAAGCCCUUUAUUUCCCGUCUCCCUCUCUCUCUCUCUCUCCCUCUCUGCAGAUCUGAUUGUCGGGGCGUUCGGUGCAGGCUCGGUGUCUGUGUACAGGUAAGAAUGUAAAGGACUUUUUAUUGUGUUUUGAAAUUCUGAAGGGCUUUCAAGUUGUCAUACCAGAUGGUGUUAUGUGCGUGCUUGCACUUUUUCAAAGGUCCCGGGCUGUGGUGUCAGUUGAGGCGUCGAUGACCCUGACUCCAAGAAUCCUGAACCCAGACGACAGACAGUGUCACCUUCCCGAAACAGAUAUUAUGGUUACCUGGUAAGAAGCAAGAUAUUUGUUUGUCCCAAAGCUUGCAGUAAAUAUAAAUGAUCCGCGUUAACCUGGCUUAAAGAUUGCGAUGCAGUGGAAACAAACAGGAGCUGGCAUUGACAAAUGAGUAAUUACUUCCAAAAACAAGCCAAACAACAUUAAAUGUUAACACUUAGAUUUUAUUAACUUCCUGAAUGAAACCAAAGAAACCGGUCGUCAGGAGAGUCAGCUCUAGAUCAAGAUCCAGAAAGUCAGGGAGAGUGAAUCAAGGACCCAGGAGAUUUGUUGAAGCCAGGUGCCCAAGUGCAGCUCAUCCAGCUGAUGACCCUCCCAGCAAAGACACAAACCCAGCAACACACUAAGACAACAGCAGCAGGACUCUGCGUGUCUGGUGGAGUCAUCAUGCGUUUAUUUUAUUAGACAUUUUCAGUGGUUGACUGACACAUGUAAAUGUAUAAUUUGGCGGAUUCAAAAGCUAAUAUGAGCCCUGCAAGAGCUGAAGGCCACAGGUGUUGGAUAUAGAGUUACAGUCAUUAAGUUGUCAAGACUGGUUACUGAUUUUUGAUUUUAGGAAUUUGAAGGACUUUUGUUCUAAUACUUAAUUUACUUCAUUCUUGUGUUAUUUUUGGCUUUGGAAACUGAAUCAUAUUUAGGGUCCUAAAGGAAUAAUUCCUUUUUUAACUAACGUAGAGAAUAAGGGACAGUGCACUUUAAUCAACAUAUUACAUUAAUGUAAAUACGCUGCAUCUGUCAGCACACAGAGAAUCUCACAGAUUUACAUAUGAAAUAGCCAAAUUUGUAACAUCACAAACAAUAGACCUACAGUACAUACAAGAAUCAAUGGUCAGAGGAGGAGACUGUACUUGACUGAUUUUUAUUCAUUUAUUUAAAACUUAGUAGUUAUCCCCCCCUCUAAUAUUUACUGGUGAAUUUGUUACAAACGUGUUCCUUUGACAUCCAACAUCAUUUGACAGAAUUUAAAUUUAUACCUCCUAAAUAUUUGAGUCUUCCUUAGUUUGUUUUUCCAGUAUUGUUCAUGAUAUUGUAUUUUUUUCUUUUUUUUAUUAAGUAAAUAAUAUGAAUUACAAUGAAAAGUCAGAGUUACCUGCAGCAUAAUAGCAGUUGCCACAGUCUCCUAUGUGAGCUAGUUACCCACAUCUGGAUAUCCUCAUGACUGCUUUGAAAAACAUUACUCACAUUCAGCUGUACAUUGUUUCAGAUUGUAUCAUUGCUUGCUUCCUGUAAUAUUGGUCUUAUAUAUAUAUAUAUAUAUAUAUAUAUAUAUAUAUAUAUAUAUAUAUAAAGCUCUUCCUCUAAAGCUGGAAGAAAAGAUAAAGAGAAACAGAUCAGUGAUUGGAGGAGCCCAAAGAGACUUAUCUAAAGAUAAAAUAGGGGAAAUUGUAAAGUACUUUGACAUCAAUAAAAAGAGACAAACCCCGCAGAUAUUAAACGUUCCUCAUGAUCCAGAUCAUCUACCAUCUGGCGAAUGCUGACUUUGGAGCACUCCUGACUGACAAUAAUAUAAGCAAAAUGUUUUCUCAAUGAUUUUUACAAUAAUCUUUUUUCCUCGGCAGUGUUCCUCCAGCUCUUCACCGCAGGCCAGUAUUUGUUGUAAUUCUUUCCAGCUGUGUCUAGUUCCUCUACUUCCGCUUGUACCACAUUGCAUUGUGGUACAAUCGUGUUCAUUAACCCCAGACACAGAAUCAAGCCAAACAAACAAAAAAAUUAAGCUCAAACGGGUCAAUGCAGCGGAUACUCAUUUUUAAAUCUAUUUUUGGUUUCAUAUUUGGACAUUGACUUUGUGUGUGUGUAAAUUCAAGCUCAAGGAAUCAAAGUCCUACACAAAAAUGAACCGACUGCUGCUCGGAAACCCUGAGCUGUACCACAAAUCUCCCUACUUAUACUGUAUCAUAAAACGCUCUGCAGUUUAAAAAAUAUACACUCACAAAUCUCACACACACUGACAGAUGUGACAAAUAUUUCACCCCCACGCUCUAGACGUCUGCCAUCAGCCAAGGUCUGUUUGUCUGUGUGACUAAUGCCACAAUUUAGAAGCACACUAGAAAAGCAUAUCCAAUAACUUGGGCGGUCAGAUUUAUAGGACUCUGCAAUUAAUUCGAUACUGCAUAAUUCUAUUUUGAUUGUAUUAUUGUUCCUGUGGGUGGCAGGCUGGCUUUGAACACCCUGGGAGUAAGUGUAGUUGAGGGGGAACGGGUCUUCAAGCUCCCGCUGCUUCACCGCAGUCCAUACUCAUUUGGGCUGAAACCGCUGUGUGACUGUUUGGACGGGGGGAAGCAUGCUCGGCCAGUCGCCAUUGUGGUGUCUGUGUGUGUACAUAGUGGUGUGUGAGUUUUGGCAAUGAGUGACGAGGGAGCAGGGUUUGGGUCGCACUGAUGGGGAGCACUAAGCUGUGCAAGCGCUGUCAAAACAUAACUCUGCAGAUUUAAAUAACCGCCAUAAAGUUUCGGUUUGAGGUAUGAAAUAAGGACACACAAGGACGUAGAACAGACACACGCAGAGUUUAACUGCAGCUAGUGCAGCGUAGGGACAUCUAGGGUUUUCUGCUGAAGCCUUACGAUGUUUUCGCUGUUUCUCCAGGCUCAGAGCAGCGUGAUGGGAGGUAACCCCAGUUUGUGCCUCUCAAAUGUUACCGUUCCUUCUGAGUCACAGGGUUAAGUAUCAGAUUCUGGGUAAAACAAUUACCCAGCAAUCUUUCAAAAACACGCAGGUUCUGCUGACCACUGCUCUGAAUGCAUUUCCAGAGUCUUUACAGACUCGCGUUGCUCCUACAUGAAAACAGUAAACUGUCCACUGCAUGUUACAAGUUCCUUUUUUUUCUGGAAAUGUUAAACCUCAAUGUAAGACACCACAGUUAUGUCUGUUUUCCCCCUAACCAAUCUAAUCAUGCUGUUCAAUUUGAACAACAUGAACCACAACCAGAUGACUUAUAAUGACAUAUAAUCAACUGUCUUUUUAGAUACGCUCAACGUAAAUUACGAUGUUGGGUUUUGAUUGUGUUUUUAUGCCAACAAGCAGAUCUCAUGUUCCUUUAUUUCCCUGUACAGCACUUUCAGAAACCUCUUUUUAAAGAAUGUGCUGAAUUGCAAAGUCACAAAAGUCAAUGUUUUAGUCUGAGCAAUAGCUCUGAAAAUGAAUUCAUGUUAAAUCGGGCUCUUUUUGUGAUGAAAUUAGCUAAUUUUACUCAAUUCUACCAUUAACGUCUGCCACAGGAGCCUGCUGGCUACUAAAUAAGUUUCUAAGAUCUGACUUAAAGCUAUAUCCUUUGCUCCGGUGGUUGAAGUUGGCUGAGUCAUAUUAGGAAAUCAGGGUCCCGCUCACCCUGUUAGGAUUCUGGUUCACAAAAGGCCUCACUAUGCAUAAUCCUGCUCGUUACCCAGCUACCAACUACAGAUAUGAACAAGCUGACACAAAAUGGUAACUUUAAGACAAUUUCAUUGACUUCUACAGCCUAUAAAAUAGUCCCACCAAUGCCAGGGUCAGUAAAACUACUAUGGCAGCGACAGAUUCUCAUUGGCUCUCUUUUUUCUUGUUAUAAUUCACAUAAAACUUUGCGUUUCCAGGGAAGGUGAUAUAAGAGAAGGUGAGUGAGUUAAUGCAGGAAUAUAAAUGUUGACAUUUCUGUCUUCAGUCAGCUCUCUCUUUUCACAGGGCUUUCCAGUUGACUCACCUUGAAACAUAACUAAGGCAAAUGUCACAUCUUUAAAUAUCGUUGCUAUUAUCAAAGCCCAUACAGUUUAAUGUACAUUAUAGCUUAAGGUACUUUACAGAUGGCAUGCCUUUUGCAGUUAAGCAUUAAUCAUCUUUGUUAAUUUAAAGUGAUUUGACCAAUCAGAAUCAAGUUCUUAUCAUAGGCUGGCAGUAAAUGAUGAUGAUAUUUUAGUUUCAUGUUCACAGCUUGUUUCUGCUGCCAAGUUUGGUCAAAACUUAAUAGCGGAUCUAGAAGUCUGUUUUCUAGCUCUGCGUCUUGGUGACAAGCCUGACACUGAGCUUUCUCUUCUGUUAAGUCAACAUGGGAUAGUACGGAAAGAACUUGUGUGUGUCUGCAUGGAGGUUCAGCCAGCAGUGUGUAGGGUGGUGGAGAACAGAUGCAUUUUGGGGGAAAAUUGUGUACAGUAAUGACUAACCAUGAGCCAGAGCUGUUGUCAGUAAAAUGGGGGUCAUUUCCGCACCACAUACACUUCAGUUUGACGCAUACUGCUUAUUACAGGCACACUUGAGCACACCCACCUUAAAUAGGCACACAUGCUUACAUGCAGCACAAAUUAAACAUGUGUGGAACCACCUGGAGAGGUCAAAAUGACUUAGAGGAGCGAUUUAUUUAAAAUAGAAACCUGCACUUUAAUUUCACAUCUGCGCCUCUCACAUUUUAAACAGCUCAAUAAAAAACUCACCAUUAUCGUAUCACCUAAUUGUAAGCAAACACAAGCAUCAACAGCAUCUGGUUUUUGAAUUUCAGGGUUUGUGAGCUGAAACCAAACAAACAAUAAUCACAUGAAGUCAUUCACCUCAUUAUGUCCAGAACUGCUGAGUGUUCAUUGUUGAAUUCAGGACUGUGCAAACCCCCGAUUAGUGUGUAUUAGCAGCGUGGAGCUCCCUGUGUGGGAGCCUUUUUCCUGUUCUUGAUUAGAGAAGUGAUAACACGCAAACACACUUACAUGUAUAAUCACAGCCACAUAAAUAGAGGAAAUGCAGAAAAGUUUUCCAGUCUCCCAUGUCUGUUUUUCUAAUUAAAGCACUCACAGGAUUUCUGGUGGUAUUUCCCAUCAAUCCCUGGAGUACAAAGAAAAUAAACGCCUUGCUUAUGGGCAGUUUGGCUAAUUAUAAGGUUUGUUUUAUAUAGACAUACAACAUAAAUAUAAUAUUAAAAGUCCACUAUCUUUAUGAGAAAUAACUUAAGUAGUGAGUCAUCAUUUCUUUCAGAUACUUAUAUGACCAAAUUUUAGUUGCGCCCUCACUGACUGUGCAGAGUGUUUUAACAAACUGAUGUGACACAUUUAAUCAAAACAACCACCAUCAAACUUGCAUUGCUUAUUCAAUUAAUCAAUCAAUCAAACUUUAUUUUUAAAGCGCUUUUCAUACAUAGCAUGUAGCACAAAGUGUUGUCCUUUUAAGCAGGAUAUUCAAAACAAUGAAAUAAAAUAAAUACAAAUGCAAAUACCAGACCCCACCCACCCUCCACACAAAACACAAAAGACCAGGUGAAGACUCUUUAACUUGCCAUAGAUGACUGGGGAAAUGAUAUCUUGAAUUGAAAAAGAUGAGGAAACACUUGAUCCAGGACUGAAGCGAUAAAACCAUGAUAAAAUAUAAUAAAGGUGAUAAAGAGUUAAAAGUUAAUUAAAUAAAACAGUCUUAAAAUCAAACAUUAACAAAAAGUAAAUUAAUAAAGAGGUAAUAGAACACAAAAUAGUUACUCUAGGACUAAAAUAGAGUGAAAUCACAAAAUGCAGAUAAAGAGAUUAAAACAAAAUUCAACUAAAAGCCAGACUAAAACGGUAUGUGGAUGUGCAUGAACGACAGAUUAUUGCUUCUGUUUUCAUCGCCCUUGUAUUCUUUUUCUGCAGUUUGAGGGUGGACGUGUGCGCGGCAGUGAGUGGAGUGGGGAUCCCCAACUCUGUAGGUAAGCAGCUGUGUACACUGGAGUAAGAAAGAGGUGCAAAACAAAAGCACAGAGAGUAAAACUUCACUCACAGCCAGUUUCUUGUUAAACUUUACUGUUCUACCAUUGCUCUGCUACACUGACCGUUGUGGAGAACAAAAGCAGGAGGGGCAGUGGAAACAAAUCAUGUGGACAGACUCAGACAGUAGAAAGUACGUUGUUUCCACUGUCUCGUUAUGCUCUGAGGAGGAAAACACCUACAAAUGUCUCCAUCACCCACAGCUAGUGGAAAUCAUCUGUGCAUGUGCAGACACUGACCAUGCAACUGGAGUUCAAUUUAGUACCUGACUGGCUGGAUUGACUUAUUUGCCCUCAUUGUCACUGCACUCAUGUUUUCCUUUCACUUCUCCAUUCCCCUCCACCUCUUCAUCAUUUCUUUCUGUCCAGACCUAAGAGCAGAGCUGCAGCUGGAUUGGUUGAAAGGCAUCAGAGGUGCAGUCAGGAGAGUUUUGUUUCUGGAUACCCAGCAGCCUCAGCACACAGGGAGAUUAACACUGAGUCACAACCGCCCACGUGCGUGCUUGGGCUACACCAUUUUCCUGAAAGUGAGUGAAUUUAAGUGCUGUGCAUGCUGCGAUGUAUUAAAUGAACUGGGCUAUCACUUAUCCACUUUCCUAAAUUUCUAAAUAUCUGUUGAUUUAUUCUAUUUUAUUACAUUUCUUGUCUUCAUCUCAGGAGGAGGACGAGUUCAGGGACAAAUUAACGCCCAUCUCACUGGCUCUCAACUACAGCUUAGCUCCACCCACUCAUGGCCAAAACCUCCCACCUGUUCUCAACCAUUACAGCAGCACCUUUCUCCAAGAACACGUAAGCACACAUACCGUGUACACAGUAUAAGCACCGCAGUUUUUGUAUAUAUCAGUAUAUUGUCUACCUGAUGUUCAACAUUGUGUGUUUGCUAGUUUGACAAUUUUCUGGACGUUUUUUGCAAGUUUGUUCAAUUUGUUCUGACUGUUUUGGAGGGAGUAUUUCCGCACGUCUCUUAACACUUCAAGUAUAAAGGGUGCCGAACACUGUGGAGAUUUAAGGGCCCUAGAAGCACUGAGUUGUGAGCUAUGAAACCAGGCAGUUUGAAUAAGAAUCAAAGUCCAAGCACAUACUUACCUCAAAGACUUGCAGGCUCAAAGCAUUCUGUUUUUGUAGUUUAUCCUUUCAGUCCUUCUUUUAUGAAAGUACUUACAUGUUAUACACACAAAAAAGUUUUUAUUUCUUUUUUAUCGCCUGCUUUUUACACUUCAAGCUUUCAAGAACUGGUCAAACUGCAAGAUCACACCUGUAUCCAUGAGUCUUGAACUUGAGGCGGGCACUGGUCUGCACAAAUAAACCAGCAAAUUCAAAAGUUAUAACUAAAAGUUCAACAGGAUUUUAUUGCUCUGCUCCAACCAAAAACUGUUGAGUCAUCAAAAAAAGUACAUCUGGUGAAGAUUGUGAGAAACACAUUCCUUAUCACUACACUGGCCAAAGACUUAAGGGAGAAAUUAAGGGAGAAAUGGGUUUAGGUGUUUGUGAACAGCAGGUUAUAUUCUUAUGGAUCAUAAAGUCAGGUUAGUAAACUGAGCAAGCCCUGCCAAAAUUAUUUUUGUUUUUGAAGAGUUUUUUUUUUCUUCAUUUUUGACCAUUAGCUUGCAAGACAUUACCCUCUUUAUCCAUGUUGUAUUUGCAACACUUUACACCCACAACUACCAACCAUUAAACCAAGGAAAAUAACAAUGCAGAGACAGGAGGAGAUUUUUUUAAUACUAAUUAAAUUUUAUCACCACAACCAGUCUCAGCCUGAAGCAGGGUGCAAUAAAACAUCCAAACUGAGCCAAUUGAAAACCUUUAUCUGCUGCAUAAACCAUGGAAACAUGCGAUAGUGUGUGUCUUUAUGAGCCAAAAAACACCUGCAUCCUGGUUUGCCGGUGUGUUUCUAUUUUGGGCUUUGUGAUGAAAUCCAGGGUACCUCAAAAUUCCCUGAUGACCACCCCUUUCUCUCCUGAUUCAGGCUUACAUCCUCCUGGACUGUGGGGACGACAACAUUUGUGUCCCAGACCUCCAGCUCUCUGCCAGCAUGUAAGACUGACAUUGCCACACCCUCUGACCUCAAACUAUAAACACCACACACACAGCCAAAUCAAAGAAAAAUGUCUGCUAGUCCUCACACAAUGAGCUGAGUUUACACUGAAGCUAUUUCCAUUAUAGUCCCACUGACCAUAUGGUGAGUGACUAUGUGUGUGUGCGUUAGCCACUACCCUCUAUAGUGUUUCCAGCUGUAUGAUAUCUCCAUGGCAGCGUUAUACAAACAUCCUGUCACCCUUACUGGUGGACACAUGUACUUACAUACACAAACAAAUACAUUGUUGGGGGUUUCAAUCUUGGAAACAGACCACAUGUGAAACCAACCAAGAGGGUCCUAUCCUGCUAUAAGAUUAUUAUGCAAGGGAAAUAUAUAACACAAGAAGCUGCAAUAAAAUACGUCAUUUAUGUGUGACUUCUACCUGACUGAAAUGACUUAAAUUGUCUUUCGAUUGUUCACACACAGGGACCAGUCAGAGGUGGUUAUUGGAGAUGAUAAUCUGGUCAUGCUAACCAUCACUGCAGUCAAUCAAGGAGAGGGGGCCUACGAGACAGAGCUUCACACACUGAUACCACCUGAAGCAGACUAUAUCGGAGUAGAGCGCAGGGUAGAGGUAAAUAAACACACACUGCCAACAUAUUAUUCAUUAAAUCCAAUCAUCCUUUUUAGGAUUUGCUACUUGUCGACGCAGAAACCAUUCCUCUGUCUUAAUAACACAGUCGAAUAGGCGACUCUGACACCUUGGAUAUAAUGCCAGCAAAUGGCAUCUAUCUUUUACAAAGAAUGGAAUUGCAGCAAACAAUAGAGCAUUGCUACCAGAAAGUCUAUCUGCAAAUACAAUCAAGCAGAAAAAAAAAUGAAGCCAAUGCUAAAGUGUGAAGAACUGUAGUACCUUGAGCGUACACUUCAGGCUGGCUCAAAAAACAGAAUAAGUCUGAUAAGCGAUCCCACACAGCAAAUAAACGUGUUUACAGCCUACUUCAGAAAACUGUUUUAAUGUCUUUCCUUCUUUAGUAAAAAAACUAGCUGUUGUCAUAUUUUUAAUUCACCACGGUAGAGUUUAACUCAUUUAUAGAUUAUAUUGCAAUAAGAUUUAUGCAUAAAAAAAAUGUGUGAUUUGAGUGUGGCCAACUCAACCAGCUUCUUGGCACUCUAGCUGUUUGCUGGGCAGCAUGGUUUUGGCUGAACUCCACCUCUCUGUUCAUGUCUACAGUAGCUCGAAGUUAGCUGGAGUCAGCAUUUCCAAUAUAGGGACGACUGGCUUAAGGCUUUAGAGCGCAACCUCAGAAACCAAUGGUUUAUGUCACUGACACUAUGUUUAUGCUUCAUACUGUCCACUGGUCUGUUAAGUCUUCUCCUAUUAAGUCUAAAAGUUCUACGUCGAUUAUCAUGAUGAUGAUGGAUUUUAACCUGAUCAAAAACCACUGAUGAGAUCAAUUCAUCACCUGGUCCAAAUCAAAACCAGUUUCCUUUGUUUUAUAUUUAGGCAGACACUUAAAAUAGACAUGGGGGAUUGUCCCAUCAUGAUUGAAGCUUCUGCCAACGAGGAAGUGGGCUAUUUGAGGCUGCAGUUACAGUGUGACAUCACAUCCUGUUGUGUCUCUGUGCUGUUUGUUCGCAGUGAUUGAGGCGGCGAGGCUAUCAGCGUGGUACGCUUUACUGGCAAAAGCCCAAAAGCCCCCAUUAUGAUUUACAAGCUGCAUUAGUGACCACGAAAAUGGAUAGGGUCAACUGUGUGUGUGAGUGAGUGUGUGUGUGCGCGCGUGUCUUUGCGUGCACGCUAAUGAGUGUGUAAUGGGGUUGUUUGAUUGAUGAGGUUGUUUCUGUCAGAGCAUUCAUCACUCCUGCUCCAUCCCUCUCUUUCUCACCCCCUCACCCCUUUGAUGGUGGUUUGCUUCCCUCUGUUGUUCUUUCCUUCCUCCUCUUGCCUCUCAAUGCUCCCGAUUUGUCACUUUCAUCCAUUUUUGAUUCAUUGUCCCUCUCUCCCUGUACUUCCCUUCUCUCUGUUCUCUCUCUCUCUCCCUCUCUUCUAUCCCCUCAAUAGUCCCUGUCUCAGCUAAACUGUGAGUACAAAAUGGUCAAUGAGUCCAGAUUGGUGGUGUGUGACCUUGGAAACCCGAUGGUGGCUGGGACAGAGGUGAGUUUCCACACACAAAAAUGCGCACUCACAAUUUUUGCACUGAAACACAACAUCCAAACGUCCACACCAGGCAGUUGUGACUGUUUCUCCUCAGAGUUAAUUCACACUGAUUGAUGGUUUCCAACGACCACUGAUCAUCACCUUGGCCCUUUUCCCACUUAUUUUGACCCCCUUUAAUAUACUGCACACUCUUUGUGAGUAUAUGUGCAUACAUAAGUGUGUGUGUAGUGUGUGGAGUAAUAAUCCGUUUAGCUCUGUGAUGGCUGACACAUGCAGGAAGUCAAGGCUUUGUUAAGUAAAGAGUGGUUCGUUCCUACAUGAAAUCCGACCACAUGUAUGUGUACCACGAAGCAUGUCACAUAGGCUACAGCAUGUAUGUGUGUGUGUGUGUGUGAUCAUGUGUUUAUUUCUGUGAAUGUUGGGGUUUUUGUAAAGGUGUCAAGGCCAAUGCAAAGGUGCAUUCGAGCUCUGAAGGGGACACACAGCGUUCUGAUAAAUCAAUUAUGUGGUCAUGUUUCAGAGUUAGGGGGAGGAGAGCGAAUCAAGGCAUGCGAAAGGGACAAGGAGUGUGUGUGUGUGUGUGUGUGUGUGUGUGUGUGUGUGUGUGUGUGUGUGUGUGUGUGUGUGUGUGUGUGUGUGUGUGUGUGUGUGUUCGUGUGUGUGUGUGUGCCCUCCUCAGUCCCUCCAGAUGUUUCCCAUAUUUAACUCUCCCCCUGCCCUGCUGGACGUUCAGGAAUCCAUGAGCUUAUGCAGAACAUACCUCCACCUACCCCAUACAGGCUCCGUUUAUAUUGUGCAACUAAAUAGUUCUCAUCACUGCAGUUCAUUCCUCGUGCCACAUGACACACGGCUGUAGAGCUUCACUGAGGUCCAUCAAUGCAGGGGGUACAUGCCUGGAGGAGAGCUGGUUUAGGUUUUAGUAUUUCAUCAUCUCUGUAUCUCUACAGCUCGUCUUUUCUUGAGUCUUUACUUUAGCUCAGUAAGUCCUUUAGCAUUUCCCAGAAUUCAACUUAUUUUGUCAAGGCUUUGGUCACAAUAAGUCAUCUUUUAGUGGAUUGUUGUGAUAAUGUGGUCGCACAACUAUUUCACUAAGUCUUUUGUAUUGAUUCGAUUAAAAUCUACUAAAUUACUGUUCUAAAGGCAUUUUGCUUUGGCUAUGGUCUUAGAUUGUCACGUCAGUAGAGCCUUUGAAGAAAAAGUGCAUUUAAAGGAGCUUCUGGUGCAGCAGACAAAAUAUCCCAGGAAAAGACUUUUGUUUCUGCAUGAAGUUUAUUGUUAGUUCCCAACUUUUUUGAUAAUUACCAAGCUGUGUUGAAUAUUUCACAACAACAGUAAUUAAUUCUGGACUACAAAUGCAACACAAGGGUCAACCUGAUCACAAUUCAUGUCAAAUCAAUUCAAGGAAAGGAGGAUCCUGGAAAAUUUCCUUUUUCACCUCUGUUCACAUCAAACACUGUGGCAAAAAAAAUCUGUUUCUAUCAAAGACUGGUCUUGAGAGUGAGAAAAUAAUGUCAUUUUCCAGGCACAGAUGUGAAAUCAGCUCGAAUAGCUAGUGUGCCUCAACCAAGAGGAUGAAGAGCCUAUCCUGCAAUCCAGGCAUCAGCAUUAGAGCUGGGUUGUCAAUCACCAUCAAGUAACUUAAACUAUGAGCGGUUGUGAUUUCACAAUUUGUCGCCAGUUGUGAAAAUCUAAGAGACUAUUUUUAGCUGUAUAAAUACACCAAUUUUUGAUCAAUAAAAUCAUCUUUGAAUCAAUCUUUGGAUAAUAAUAUAACAUUUGCUGCUUUGUAGGUAAUACACAAGAUAAUGUAUGAUGAACAGGUGCUUCACUUCACAGGGUGAUCCCUGCACACCCUGUCAGGAUCCACUUUUUUUAUAACCACUUGCUCUUUUUAUAUCAUCCCUUACUAAACAGUUUUAUAAGAAGCUUGGAAAAAGGAGUAAAUAUCAUCUAACACUAGAUAAUUGUAGAUAUCUGUCAAAAGCAAUCAUCGCAAAGCUAAAUCAGCAUCUGACAUUAGCCAGUAGUUACCAGAACUGCACUACAGCCAAUGCUUUGUGUAUCUCUUCAGCACACAGACUGUUUUUCUAUGUCCAGCCAAGGUUCACUGAAAAUCUAGUAAACAAGACAACCGGGACGACUAACUGAAACCAGAGCGCGUUCAACACCAAAAAUUUGAUUCUGUUUUUAUCCAGAGUCAGUUAAUAGAGAUUACAUGCAAGGCUAUUGGAAGCAUCAGCAUUUGUGAAAGAGUUAUGCCUUCACACUGACUCCAAACCACAGAUUUAUUUAAGUGAAUUCCAGUUGACUCAUUGUCAAGUCAAAAUAAUUCCUUUUUUAUUUCAACAUUGGAAACAUAUUUUUAGCAAUACUGUGUCCUUCAUUCCCUUUAUAUCCCAAGGCUCUUUUUAAAAUGUCCUCAGUGUUUGAGAGUAUUUGUAAACUUUAAUUCCCCCAAAAAGCGUCUCUUUUAAAUGCCAAUUUUUGUCACGCUCUGUGCGAGACAGCAGUUCAUAUUCAUCACAAUGGCGGCCUUUUGUUCUGGAUGACUUUUAUACUUUCAAAACCGCUCAGCGUAAGCUCCUUUUUCAUUUUGCCAAAAUGUGGCUGGAUUCAUUUCUUGCGGUAAACCUUUGUAGCUUAAAGGACGGCACUAACCCAACAUAGAAGAAAGCAUUUGGUCAGAUUGUGGCAUAAUGAUUAUAAUUUGGAAAACAAUGUGCAUGCAAAUGGACAUAAAUUUCAAAAGUACGUUGAGAACGUUUACAGGGAUGUUUUGAUGAUUUUUCACCACCAUGAAGAUUUUCAAUCCAUUGUGGCCAGGAUAAAUUGAAGCUGACCGCAGCUGCUGGUCUCUUUAAGUUAAAAACCGUUCACAGUUAGUACGUUCAGAGGAAGCGUACAUUUCCAGAAUUUGAGGACACACAGUUGACUCUUUCAGACAUUUCUUGUGCCCUUCUCCUCCGCCUUCACCCGUGACCCUGUGAAUCAUAGCUGAUAGUGACGUCUUCUCUCUGAACAACUCAUUUGCGUCUCUUUAGAUCUUUCCUGCCUGGCCCCUCUUGUACGCUCUCUCUCUAAUGUGUCCCAUAAAGAUGACCCAACUUUGUAGUUACACACCCCAAACUUACCCACACCCUCACCCCGCCACAGGCUUACCUCGUGAAGUGUUACUGCGAGCUUGCACGCUGUCAUUUUCCCUUUAUGGACCAUGUGUUUGACCUGUUGUUUGAUGGAGCUCUCACACACACACACACACACACAUGUGCGUACUCAGUUGUCAUUGAUGUUGAACUAAAUCCUUCACGUGUUUCGAGUUAGCCUGGAGGACAGGAGAUUUAAACUGGGGAGAGACAAGAACCUGAACUGGACUGUGUGUGGAGUCUGGAUCUUCUCUGAUUGAGCACACGCACACACAGACACACACAUACACACACACCUUCUGCCUGCAGUAUGUAACAACACAAGAGGAUGUAGUUAACAGGGAUUUUACUGUCUAUUACUGGACUCUGUAAACCUUUUGAUGUACAGAUGCAUCUUGUUUCUGUCUUUCUGUCUUUUCUCUUAAGCUGUCCUCCCCUUUCUUGUCUCUCUUUCUUUCUGUCACAUGUUUCUCAUACGCCAUCCUUCUUUCUCUCACUCUUACGCAGCUGUCUGUUGGUUUGAGGUUUUCCGUCCAACGACUGGAUGAUGCUGGACCCAAGAUUAGCUUUGAGCUACAGAUCCACAGGUGACACGCCCACCAUCUCCCACGAAUACCCCCCCUCUGCUGAAACUCACAAACGCUAAAGUCAAAGAAGGCAUAAAGGGUUGUUUGUCUGUCUUGUGAGCCGUGUAAAUAAGUUCUGUGUCUGUCCCGAACACAUCGCUGUCUGCGGUUGGAUGAAACUAACCACAGGGACAGAAGAAGAGAAAGAGCCUGAAGGAGCUUUAGUCUCCUCACAACAUGUUCACUGUCUGCUUCAUUUUGUUGAUUUCAGUAGAGUCCCAGAUACGGAUGAUUGCUGGUCAAGUUUAAAGCAUGAAGAAAAGUGUAGCUGUUUGAGCUAUGAAUAGAAAAAGCUUUCUUUUAUCAGGCUUGUUAUUCAGUAAUAUUGUAAAAGCACUUUUGUGAAAUCUAAAAAAAUUCCAAGUUUCGUCUUACUUUACAAUUCACUUACAAUUACUCUCCUGUAUUCUCUCCACAGCUCUAACAAAGAUAACCCUCACAGCAACCUGGUGAAUCUGAAUCUGUCCAUCACUGCCAAGGCUCAUCUUGAUUUACGAGGGUGAGUCAAGCAUCUUCGCAUGUAAGAGCGCAGCCUCUUCUCCGGGAAACGGUGACAGAUUGUUUGUUACCGUUGCUGCAUCACAAAGCUUCACUUGAUCUGGUUUCAGUUCAAACUCUUUCUUAGCCUUCGUAGGGAUACUACUGCCUUUCGUGAUGUUUGAACUCGUGAAGCCUGUUUAUAUACAGAUGGAAAGCAGCAUGAAAGCACACUUCUAGAGGUACAUUUGAGCUAAUCGUGAGCAUAUGGAGCACUUGUGAUCAUUUGACAUGUUCGGGGAUGCCCCUAUGUACCCGCUGAUACACAAACAAAUACGCACACACUUCAAAGCUCGGAGCCUGGCGUGGCGUUGUUUGGGUGAGGUCAUUUGUCCAUACAAACAGAGGACAACCUGGGAUGAGAAGGACGAGGACAUUUGAGUUUAUAUGUCGUCAUUUGGAAACUGUGCUGUCUCCGCUGUGUCGACCAUCAAGCAUUUCAAAAUUAGCGAAUGUUGUUUGCUGUUGCUCAAAACUAAAAAUGGAAGAUGGGUGUCCACCAAUGAGUCUGUUAAUGCUCAAGGUUUCUGUAAUUUCAGGCAUUUACAAUGAUGAUUGUAAAAACAUUUUAGUCGCAUUAUUUUGCAUUUAAAAACCAUUUUUAAGUCCAUGAUGACGAUGUAAAGCCAUAUCUACUGGCUUGAGCACACCAAAUAAACCAGAGUCCUCCACUGUGUUGACUGGCAGACAGUCAGUGCCAGUGAGGAAUAUCAUCAAAAUAAUAAAUUCCAUCCACCUUUGAACCACACUUAAAAUAAUACACCCAACACGCAAGAUUUUAAAAAAACUGAACUGCUGAUUAAAAACUACGGUAAUUGUGAGGUACAGAUGGCAGCCUAAGAACCCAGCAUAUAGAAGCUAGUCCUUGUUCUAGUGGUUGCCGGUUCCACGACCCUUGGCUGCAUUUCCUUCUAUACUCUCUGCUCCCCACAUUUCUUGUCUCUUGAUUGGUCUGAUCUAAGAAGGAAAAAAAAGGGCAAAAAAUGCACAAAAUUGUAACUUAAAAAAGGAUUUAAAUUUAGGACUUUUGGACGUGUUAAAUUGAAAUCACAACCAAUGCUCACUAAGAUAUUAAAAAAAGCCCCUCUCCAUAUUUAAAGUGUCAUGCCUUUACUUGUAACUUGAUUGAUUGACUUAACCGUGUCAGCCUCAUGUUUGAAAAUCCAUCCACUAAAAUAGGUGUGGCAAUUUCGAGCAGCAGCUCUUAGCUAGAAAAAAUCUAAACAAUUUCUUUUACAGCUUUAGGUAAAUGUAAAUGUUUGAGAUUCAAUUUAAAUUGAGCUCUCAGUAUACAGCUGUCACAUGCACCAUUUUCACUAUAAGCUGAAUGAUUAACUUUAACUGAAUUUUCAUGUCCGUCUAAAAGUGUCAACAAAAACGAGUAUUAAAAACAGCUUAAAAAUCUAGUUGAAUGAUGUUCGUUAUGUCUUCACUUUCGUAGAAAUAGUUUCCUUUUUUCCUUUAUCUCAGACAUGUAAUCUUUUUCACGUAAAAAACAUGAAAAAGAUUUCAUGUCUGAGCUUAAAAAUCUGGUUUAUGGCAGAGAAGCUGAAUUGAAUUCUAAUUGAGUACAGCUGACAAGCAAGUCCAGAUUGUAAAACUUGCACAAACUGAACUCCAGAUCCUCUAUAAGCAUAAAUUUCACACCUGUGGAGGGAUGCAGCCUGGACAGGUGUAUGCAGUCUGCACAGGUCAAUCAGAGAGUAACUCUCUCCCAGCUUUAGUUACAGAACGUUCAAACUUAUCAACCUGUACACACCUCAGUGUCAAAUCCCUUUCCCUCUCCUCAGGGUGUCCCAUCCAUCUCAGGUGGUGCUGCCAUUCCCAAACUGGGAACCCAAGGAGAAGCCUGUCAAAGAGGACGAUGUGGGACCGCAAGUUACACACAUCUACGAGGUAAAUGCACACUCUGUGUUUUCGACAUCUUUUUUUCAUUUGAAGGGAAAGGCAGAGGUGUUCUCAGAGAGAACCGGAGGAAAACUAGAGGGCUCUGAUAUUGUUUUGGCUGUCGCUGGUCACAUGUCUCUGACUGUUAAGAUGAAAAGAGCAGAAAAUGUAGGUGUGGGAAGUUGUAAAUGAGGCUGCAGCUUGAGGGGGGCUCUGUCAGGUGUAGUAAACAGUAACACACACACACACACACACACACACACAGUAAAACACAGUAGCUCCAUAAAGAAUUAGGUCCUGGCUGAUCAAAGGUCUGCAGCCCUGGAGUAAUUACCACUGUGAAGGCGGGAAAAAGAAAGAGGGGGGCUGGUAGAGAAAGGAGUAGGGGUCAAGGCAAGGAGGGUGAAGGAAGGGAGGGAGGGUGGAAGGAUUGUUCUUAAAACUAAGGAAAGUGUAAUGGGUAAUAAUCAUAGAGAAAGAAAAACAAGGUCAAACAGAGGUACAGACAGACAGAAGGAGACAACAGCAGACAGAGUGGCGACAGUUUACAAAAGCGUAUAUGUAUACAUGUGUGUAUGUGUGUGUGUGUGCGCGCUCUACAUGUGAUUUCUUUUUGUUUUAAAGGGACGGCUGUUUCAUUGAGGCGAAGUGCAGCAGUGUCUGGUCUGUCCUACAGCUGAUAAUGAUUUUCAUUUGCGGUACUUUUCCCAGUUGGCAGCUGCUUCCAGUUAGAGAGGACAGAGUUUUUUUCCCUCUUGCAGAAUUCCUGCCCCGCAGCACAAGGAUCAUGUCCUGUUUGGAUGACUUGCUCUGGUGUUAAUGACCGUGUGUGUGUAUGUGUGUGUGUAUUCGGGGGUAAAAGAUAGACAGAAAGACAAAGAAUGGAGGGUUUAUUUAAGUGAUGGUUCAUUUAAACUCAUAAUUCAUUUAAUUUUGAUGUAAAAUGAAGAGCCAGGUGAUGCUGAGAUUGAGCGUGUCUUGUAUUUCAGUCUCCAGUGACCGAAGGCUGCAUUAGCCAAACUUGAAACACAGGUGUUCUGUGUCAUCAUCCCUCAGUUAUGAUAACCUGAUUAUAGCCUCGGUCACUUGAGACCUACUAAUACGACAAAAAGAAAGCACAACAGUGACAACCUCCUGUUUUUGUUCUGUUUCUUCUCUGUGACUUCAGCUCCAUAACUCUGGUCCCAGCAGUGUUAAGGACACAGAGCUCCAGGUAGGCUGGCCUGCACGUUUCCGUGACGAGAACCUGCUGUAUGCCAUGGAGAUUCAAACUGACGGACCAAUUAGCUGUCGGACAAAUACCAGCCUCAACCCACUGGGCCUGCAGGUAACACACAAACAAAUAUUCAAAAUCAAAUUUCAAGACACAAACAUAUAAUUAUGCUUAUUUAAGCAUUGCUUAUAUCAAGAAUGAAUAUGCCUCAAAGUUUCUCUAACUACUAAUUUUACUUUCAUAAAAGGAAACAACCCCGGACCUACAUCAGACUUUGAUAUUAUCGUUUUCCUUGCAGCUUAUUUUCCAUCCAUUUCCAUCGUUUUUACCUGCUUAUUUGAAAUGUAAUUAUACCCGUUGUUCUGGCUGCUUUCCACUUUCCCUCCCAGUCGGCCCAAAAUUAAGGGUAUGCUGAAUUAUGCUUAUUAGCCCAAACAAGAGCCAGUAUAUUUUUCCAUAUCCAACAUACAAUCUUUAGAGUCAUUUUAAAAGAAAACUUGCAGCUAUUCAUUUAAAGUUUUGUCAGAAAGCAGAACACCGAAGCUGUAAUCAUUUAUGAAGAAAAUGAAAUAGAUGCACAUCCUCUAGUUAAAGGUCGGAAUCUUUAUCUGUCUCUCUUUCUGGUUUCUUUUAUUUACAUUUUCUUAAUCUCUACCGCUGUCUCUGUUUCUAUCCAUCUAUCUGUGCAGACCUGACUGAUUGGCACAUGAUUUCAUAGAUGUACAUGCAUGUAGCGAAAGUCAUGUAAUCUUUUCAGCACUCAUGUCACAAAAAAAAAAAAACAGAUGUCCAGGUAAUAGUAGAGCUUGUUGCUCUACAUAACUUGUGUCAUAUGUAGAAUUGUUCUGAUUCUGGGCCGCUGUGACUGAUUAGCCAAAAAAUAGACCGGCUUCAUCCUUCUUUGCUCUUUACAAUUUAAACGGCAAUAAAACACACUGCACUUGCCAGGAAUUACAACCUUUUUAAAGCAUAACGUAUCUGAUAACAGUUCAAUUACCGUGUAUAAUAGCAAAUAAUGCAUUGUUUAAAAUAAGUCAACGUUAAGUAAACCAUUAUGUGCACUCACACAUCCAUGUCACAUCCAAUAUCGUUGUAUACAUACAGCUGACCCAAAUAUUAAACAACAAAGAGCACCUAUGUGUUUCUUUUUGUUCUUUUUGACUAUUUCCAUCAACACUGCAGAAAGUAUGAACUUCAAGAGCAUCUUUAGAUUAACCUUUAUUUGAUGGUAAUUCAUUUAUACACAUUAGACUGUGGGUCAAAGGGCUGUCCAAGUCAUCUGUAUCCCUGUUGCUGCUAAACAUUAAGUUGCUUGAAAAAAAAUGGAAACUUUGUUUUUGGUGUUCUUCCAAAACUUGCUUGCUGCUUUCACGGUCCAGAGCCAGACUCCCGGAUGAUAAACAAACAAAAUAAACAGCUGUUUUCUGUCUGUCAUGUGUCAGCUGACUUCGUCCAAGGUCGUCUGUCUGUCUGUCUUCUGUUGCUGUUUGAUUUCAUACUUUUUAUCCUAAAAUUACAUCCUUAUCAUAGAAAAAACACAGUUAUAAAAGAUGGAUCUGACGUAAAUGUCACUCUUGAUUCCUCAGGUGGUGAUUUUGUUUUAUUUUAUUACAUGUGCUAAAAUCUUUCCUUAUGAGCACUCUCUGUCGUUCCAAUCUUCAGUUCUUCAGGCUCUAUCAGAGCCCAUGUGCAGUACAGACACCAGACAAAACAGCCAAAUAGGUGAUAAUGAGUUUUUUCUGUCUUUUAACUGUCCUCAGAAGACCUUUACACAUGCUGUACCAAUGCAGUUUAAAAAAAAGGUUGUGACUAGUGUAGGAUCUUUUCCAAAAUCAAAAGUGAUAGACUAUGCACAAUAUAAAACUCUAAUAGUUUUAGUUAAAUAAAGGAUCAAUGUCUGCAUUUGGUCAUCUUCUCAUUCCAGAUGAAUUAUUUCCUGUGAGAAAACAAAAGAUUACGAAUUUAGUAUGUUGAUGAUUUUCUCUCAUCUUGUCUGGCUCAGAUUUCUUCUCUCCAGGACACACCGGAGUUAUUAGGAUUUUUGAGAAACACCAGCACUCCUCCCAAACGACACAAAAGAGCUGUCACUGCCGCUCAGACUUACAGUAAUAAAACUCUGGUGAGCGUCACAAACAUCUUUCCUUAUCUAUCAAAAAAAAACUAACCUUAGUGAUGAUGACUUGAGAGUUUCAUAUCUUUCUGCUGGGUCUUUACUCUGUUUCUGAGCAGAACUGCACCAACAUCUCCUGUCUGAGGAUCUUCUGUGUGGUUGGUCGGUUAGAUAGAGGGCAGAGUGCAGUGGUCAAGAUCCGCUCAAGACUCUGGGCACAAACUUUCCUGCAGGUGAGUGUUAAGACCUUAUUACCGGAUAGUUAUGGUAUUUGAUCACUUGUCACUUUAUUUACUCAUGUUGUGAAAUUAAAUCAUUCAUAGUGCUCUAAAAACAACCUUAACAGGGUUAAAGUACAUACGUCCUUAAAAAUGUGGUUCACAGGAUCUUCAUCACGGUACAAAGCUUACCCACCCAGCAGUCAUGGAUUUUACUUUCUACACCACAGCUAUUUUCCUUUAAAGAUAUGCCCAUGGAAGCUGAAAAUAUCAUAAAGUUGCACAUGUUUGCUGCACACUCGAAGAUUCAGACUAACUGCUAUCAAGAAAGUCUUUAAAGCUACAUUAAAAUGUAUUAAACUAUUAUUUUUAAUUAUCCAAAGUUACUUUUUAUGAGUUGACUAACGAAGAUGACUACUGCAAAUCUGUAACAUAGUGACAUGUCAACAAAACAGCCUCACAGCUGUGUGAGAUGGUUGAAUGUACUUCCUCCUUAUUUACAAAUGUUUGUCUUUUUGGUAACACUUUAAUUGACACCUAUCUCUAGAAGGAAUUAUAAAUAUAUAUAAUGUGUUAUAAUCAUGUUAUAGCACUGUAUAACUACAGUUAUAAACACUCAUAAAUGAUCAUAAUGCUUUAUAGCAAAAAUCAUAACACAUCAUAAAGCAUUUUAUCAUGACUUACAAGGUCAGGUAUUAUAACGUGUUAUAACUGGAAACAGAUCACUGACAAUGCCCACAUAGAUAAUGCAGUGCAACUGUUGUUAACAGUUAUAACACAUUAUAAUACCUGACCUUGUAAGUCAUAAUAAAAUGCUUUAUAAUGUGUUAUGAUUAUUGCUAUAAAGCAUUAUUAUCAUUUGUGAGUGUUUAUAGCUAUAGUUAUACAGUGCUAUAAUAUGAUUAUAACGCAUUAUACAUAUAUUUAUAAUGCUUUAUAGAGAUAGGCGUCGUUUUUAUCUUUUUACUAAGACUCAUCAAAAAUGCAUUUAUUUUAUCAGUCAAAUAGAUCUUUUAAUGUUAUGUUGUUUGUUUGUUUCUCUCUCUCUCUCUCUCUCUCUCUCUCUCUCUCUCUCUCUCUCGCUCUCGCUCUCUCUGACAGCGGCGUAACGACCCCUACAUCCUGAACUCCACUGUGUCCUUCAUGGUCACAGCCAUGCCCUACCAUGUCCAACCCUCCACUCUGCCACAACACACAGCCUCGGUGAGAUAAAGUGAUAUAACUCUGUGAGCUUAAGGGGGAAAGAAAAGACAUUUAUCGUUUACCAAACUGUCUCUACAUGUGUCCUGCAGAUGGGGACGCUCGUGUUAUGGGGGACUCCUGAUGUGUCUUUUGCCGUUCCUCUUUGGGUCAUCAUCCUGGCCAUACUGCUGGGACUGCUGGUCCUGGCCAUGCUAACAUUAGCCAUGUGGAAGGUAAACACACAUCAUGCACCAUCCUAAUGCUCAUUAAGGUAGUUGAAUCAUAUUACGCACUAAUGGGUUAAUGUGAUUCCCUCAGUGUGGUUUCUUUGACCGGGCGCGGCCACCUGCUGAUGAUGACGUCUCAGACCAAGAGCAGCUGACGUCUGAUCAAACUGGGGACCCUUGAGACAACACAUUACAGCUCCUGACUGACUGGGGGGCAGUGGUAUGAGAGGGAUGUGCACCCUCUGAUUAACUCUAAUCAGAUCUGGGAUCUGUUAGUCGGACCUUACAUUCUUGGUUGGAGGUCUUCAGCAGAGAAUGACUAAGACUGCAGCUACACACAGACCGGGACCAAAGAAAACAGUUCAAACCCGACAGAGAGGGACCAAAUCACUUUUUAUAAACUCAGUCUCACACACACACACACACACACACACAUGUUCGUUGUUUUUCUGUCGUGAUGAAGAGCAGAACUGAUGGAGAACAGGAUGGACUUAGUUGUGAAGAUAAUGCUUUCAAUGUUUCUGCAACAUUUUUUGUGUGUGUCCGUGUCAGUGAGGCACAAACAGACUUGAGAUUAAUGCACAAGUGUCUCAGCGUGUGAAAGUUUGUGUGUGUGUAUGUGUACAUAUGUGUGUAUGCGUGUGUGUGUAUUCGGUGUCUCUUGUGUCAUCCUUGCUUUCAGUAAUGGAAGAGUUUAUCCUAGAUUUUGCAGACUGGCCUGUAUGCAGAUUUAUCAUACACACACACACAAACAGAUGCAUAAACAUAACGGCACAAAGUUGAUGUUUAUAUUUAUGAAUGUAUGUGCAAUAUUUGAGCGUUACGUGAUACUGAAGCUUGUUUACACUGGCAUUAUUUUAUUAGAGCUUAAAGUUUCAUUGUUUGUGUAUAUAAAUGAAUAAUUGGUAUAUCAGCUGAACAAUAAAACGUCAUUGCUUGGACUGAUUUACAGCAAAGACCCAACAAAAGUUUGAAAAUGACAAACAGCAAAUAACUAACUUAUUUUUGUGCUGACAGACCACUUUAGACUUUUAUCUGUACACACACAGAUCAUAUCUCCACCGCUGAAACCCCACCCUAUGAGUUCAAAUGCAGUCUAUGUCAUCCAUUUACUUUUUUUUUUUAAGUAGUAGUUGAUAAAACUUCAAACACAAACACAGUCUGAGACCGUGUUCAGUUCUACCAAAGGGAAUGGCGUUGAAUGUUGAAAUGGUUGUUUGUCGAUCUAAACAAAAGGCA